CGUAACCCCGCGAGACUAUGAGUUCCCGUUAGCCCCGCGGUUAGAGACGUUCGAUGGAGGAGGUGGUAGCCAUGUUGUAGCGGGGAGAAGAGCAAGUUGGUAGAAAAACACAGCCCGGGGACACUUGGUCUUUAGUUGGUACUAUUACUUACGCGGUUCGGAGGGACCGUUUGUUCUGUUUUCUGUUAAGACUGCCGAGCUUUCGGAGACACAAUGAGUGGCGGGACGCCUUACCUUGGCAGCAAAAUCAGCCUAAUUUCGAAGGCCGAGAUCCGCUACGAAGGAAUACUCUACACCAUCGACACCGAGAACUCCACUGUUGCUCUAGCUAAAGUUCGUUCUUUUGGCACAGAGGACCGGCCCACUGACAGACCCAUCCCUCCUCGAGAUGACACCUUCGAGUACAUCAUCUUUAGGGGCAGCGACAUCAAGGAUCUGACUGUCUGUGAGCCACCCAAACCAACAUGCUCCCUUCCUCAGGAUCCUGCUAUUGUUCAGUCGUCCAUGGGGUCCAGCUCCUCAUCUUCUGCCCCGACCCCAUUCCAGUCUGCUGGUUCCUACGGACUCUUCAACCGGGCCCCAGUUCCUGCCUACAACCAGUUCAGUGCCAGCCCCCUGGUUUCCCCUCAGUUUGGACCUGUUGGUGUUGGACGGUCAGUUCCCUCGUUUGUGGGUGACACGAGCACAGCCCCAACCCAGUCUCAGAGCAGUGCUAUUGGCUCUGCUGUCCCCUCUGACUCGUGUUCUCUGGGUUCCCUAGGCACUGAAGGCCGCACCAGCCCCAGUCUGGAUCUUUUGCGGAAGAGCCCCACCCUUGAGCAGGUCAUCCAGACUGCGCCAUCGGCCUCAACCGCCACUGCUGCAGCUCCAGCCCCCGGCCUGGGACGCAGGAGCCCCACCCACAGCCGCACGGCCCCCUCCAGCGCUGGUCAGAGCGGCCAGAAGGUCCAGCAGCAGGAUGCUACGGACACGAGGAGGGGUGAGACUGUCAGGGGAGGCCGCAGCAGCCAGGGCUGGUCUGCACCCCGAACCAUCCUCGCCUCUCACAUCACUGCUGUAGAUAGGGCUUCCACUGCAGGGCUUACCCACUCUGUCUUUAGCCACUCAGGCACAGACGUCCAGAAAGUUCCCAAACCAGACUCUGAGCAGGCGCGAGGUGAAGGCAGGGAUACCAGUAAACGUGCCACAGCAGCUGCCGGUGCGCCGGCUAACCGUCGGGGGCGUGGGGGUGGACACCGCGGCAGAGGGCGCUUCAAUGUUCGCCGAGAUGGACCCAUGAAGUUUGAGAAAGACUUUGAUUUUGAGAGCGCCAACGCCCAGUUCAACAAGGACGAGAUUGACAGAGAGUUUCAGAGCAAGCUGAAGUUGAAAGAUGAGAAGACUGAUAAGUCAGAGAAGGCAGUGAACGGAGAGGAUAAAGGCGACUCUGGCGUGGAAACUCAUAACAGCGAGGGCAACGCUGACGACGAGUGUGAUCCACUUGGCCCCAACUGCUACUAUGACAAGUCCAAGUCCUUUUUUGACAACAUCUCCUGUGAUGAUACCAGGAAAGCAAAUGACAAGUCUGGAGGCUCCAGCUUCCCACGGGAGCGGAGGCAGACCUGGGCGGAGGAGAGGAGGAUGAAUGCCGAAACAUUUGGCAUCCCCCUGCGUCAGAGCCGAGGCCGUGGAGGUUACCACAGACGUGGCGGUAUGGGCUUCCGUGGAGGUCGGGGUCGUCCAGCUAGCCGAGGGUCCUUCGGGCCACCACAGGUGGGCGGCGGCUUCAGAGGAGGAUACAGAGGAAACCAGGCUGGCAGGGAGUUUGCUGACCUUUCAGCAUACAGGAAGGACAACAAAGUGGCAGCAUAGUCCUGGUGGGAGAAGAAAGGUGGAACUUCUUCACACUUCAGUGGAAAACAGAUAGUUGGGUUUCUAUUUUGUUGACUAAAUAAUGAAGAUUGUCUACUAGUUGUAUAUUUGUCACCAGCACUGGGGUAGAGCUCAAAUGCAACGCGACUUUCCAUACCUUUCACCGGUGGAGGCAACAACAGCGCAGAUUAUCAGAAAAAAAAAAACAUUUUAAAACAAAAGUUCAGAUAUGACAAAUAAUUUCCAGGUGGCUGAAAUAAUUGUGUAUAAAUGUCGUUGUUUGAUGCGUUUUCUGCCCGGCCCCUUUCCUGUAUUUGAUAAGAUUUUGUUAGCAGUCAAGUUACUGUGAUGCUCACUGGCAUAGCUUUAUCUGGGUGGUGGGUACGAGAUAUCCUGUAAUUCUGCACCAAAAUACACAGCCACAGCAUCGCAGUCGCACCUUUCUAACAUGUAUUUUUCUACUCUUACAUAGACUUUCAUCCUGCUACUGCGUCAGCCUGCUCAGUCUCAGCUCCAAUGUCUCAGUGCUCAUGAGUUUCAAAUCGCCUGCAGCUUUGUCUUUUUCAGUUGAUCUUCACUGUUGUUGAAGAAGUUUCUUCUAGAGCUGCAAGAAGAUUAAUCUGAAACAAUUUUCUUAAUUGAUUAAUCAUUAAAACAUUUAGAAAACGAGCAGAAAUGUCCAAACUAGUGGUUCUAGGCUUUUAAAUGUGAGAAUCUGCUGCAUUCCUGGUCUCAGGCUAAAUUGAAUAUUACUGGAUUGUGGACUGUUGGUCAGACAAAGCAAGGAGCUCACUGACAUCAUUUAGUGCUGUAGGACAGUGUGAUAAACCUUAUUCACUGUUUUCUGUAGCCCAAAUGAAUAAUUGGUGAAUUGAGAAAGUAUCCGUCAGAUUAAUUGAGAUUAAUAGUUGUUAGCUGCAGCUCUGGUUCUGCCACUCUGGAGCUGGUGGUAGCCGUUCGCCUGUACUCCUGGUUGUCAUGCAAAUUUUCAGUUCAAAACCACAAGCUAACUCAGUCUGGGGUGCAGAUGGAUCAUAGGUCAAACUGCAGUUGCUUUAUUUUUGUUUUUUUCCAUGUAUUUUUCUGUGCUUUUCUUCACUCACUGGUGAUCACGUAACUUGAAUUUUGAGGUUAGAGCUGUGGUGGAAUGUACACAGACGAGGGCUGAUGUCUAUAUUUACUGGCUUUUGCUUAUAGUUGAUAGGACAGAUGCAUAUGGAAGGUUUAAAAAGCCUAAACGAAAACAAAUCUAGUGACGUAAUACACAUUGUUAACUAGUCCGUUUAUUAAGCAAGUGACAGAAAAAUUAUCUGAAACCGUUUUGAUAAUCAAUUGAAUCAUUUCAUUUUUCAAGUAAAUAUAAAGAAGUGAUAUUUCCUGAUUCCAGGCUCUGAAAUGAGAGCAUCUCUUUUGCCAAAUAUCACUGGUGACUAAAUAUGUUCAUAUAUGUGGGCUUUUGUUCAGACAGAACAAGACAUUUGAUGCCACGUUCAGAUCUAUGAAGUUGAUUAAAACAUUUUUAUAGUCUAAAUGUUAAGUUGAUUAAUGGGGAAAUCAUCUUAUUGACCAAUAUUGAAAAAAUGUUUAAAGAACAGUUAUCUUUUCCUUUAAUAACUAAAUGAAUCGCUGUGACGCUGCAUUAAAACGGUCACAACACAGCUAAAGUGAGUGUUGUAGUUCAAGGUUGUCCAGCAGAGGGCAGCACAGUCCCGCUACAAGCCCAGUGAUUGGUUGUCAUGAGGACGUAAUGCUCCAAAGAGAUGAUGUAUUAAGUGUUAAUAAAGACAUAAUCUUGUAA